AUAGCAAAAGGAUCUGGUUGAGCUGGAAGCGUUCUUUUCAUGAAUUCUUAUUUUUCGUUCCCCGCCGACGCCAGUGUAGGAUUUGAAACUGCGUCAUUUUUUUCCAAAGCGGCAAUGCUUCCAACCAGCCUGCUGUUUGUUCUGCCAGCAACCCAAAACUAUACUACCUCCAUCGCCCAUCGUACCGAUAACGAAUACCUUUGUAGCGAAAAAAGUCUCACCAGGCAGUAUUCGACACAAUGGAGAUUGGGUUUUCUACCGAUACCGAUACCGAGAACAAAGUUAAUGGUGUAUAUAAGCGCCCAUUCACUCUUUCGUUACCACCUGAACUGCUGCUGGAAAUUUUAAGCUACCUGACCGAUUCGCAAGCGACUCUUUAUGCAGUAACUUUAGUGUCUCGGCAAUGGUUCCAAUGUGCAAUACCAUUGCUCUACCAGUGCCCAAGAAUUCACGAUACUUACCGCUGGGCUACGUUUAUUCUGACCUUGACUCGACGGAAAAGAACGUUAUGCUACGGAUCGAUGGUCACUGCUAUUGACUUGUCAGCUGGAUCCUCCCUUGAUCGUUUUAAAAAGCACGAAUUCUAUGAUCGUUUGUCGGAUGGACGCAUUGCUUCUCCUGGUAGCGAUGCCGUACCAAUGAACCAAACAAGAGUACUGAGAGAACCUAUGACGAUGAUGCACGCACACCAUCCUUCCAGCAUGGAUAUGGUGUCACACAAUCAGCAAGAUGUAUCCACCGUGUUAAAAGGAUAUCCAUCGAUUGUCGUUUCCACCUCUUCGCUCAUUCAAUUAUCUCGAUCGUGCCAUACAUUAACGUCAAUUGACUUGUCAUUCUCCAGUCUACUGUAUGACAGUGUGAUUGAAGAAACGGGCGAGUAUCUCUCUACAUUACAGCAUUAUGCCGUGCAACCGGGUUUAACCCAGGUACAAAUUCCUAUUGAAGCAGCCAUUGAAGUCAUUGGCAAAGAAUGCAAACAACUGGAGGAGGUAAAAAUGCAGAGUUGCGAAUGGGUUACUGCGUAUGUUAUAUGGAUGUGGGUUUGUCACUGCCCAAAUCUUACUCGCCUGGAUGCACGAAAGACCGCCAAAUGCAGUGUCAAACGUUUGACGGCCACCGUUCUUGAAGUGCAAGACAGCAAAAACGAAUCAACAAGUGAUACGGAAAGUCGUUCAUCCCGCAGCACACAAACCGAUCGGACCACCAUGAUCGAUCUCAAUGAAGACGUUGAUGAGGACGAAGAGGAAGACACCGAUAUGCGCCCUACACGAUUAAUACUGGAUCACGAGCAUGAAAUGCGUCCAGUGUAUGAAACCAUCCCUCCUCGAUUUCCUAUUCAGCAUACCACUACUUCACGAUCCGUCUUCAAUCACAGAAUCCCAGCGCCGUUAUCCUCCUCCAAUGUUGUAUGGAUGACUUUGUAUGAUGAAAAUGUACAUCGAGAAAGACGACCACCAUCACCGCAAACCCUACCAAUGACCAUCGCACCUAUUGCAAAUUCUCCCAUUUCUACUGCAGGGAACCCAACAGCUACCGGCCAUCAAACACUUCGUGAAUUCGUAUAUGCUAUCCUCAAAGAUGCCAAAGAUCUUGGUGCCAUGGACCUUGCUUGGCUUCAGGAUUGACCAAGUGAAAGGCCCACAUGCUCACCCACACCAAAAAUCAUUUUCUCUCUUUCUUGAUAUGAUUGAUACCCGCAUUUGUCCCGAUAUUAUUUUCUCUGCUUUCAAUUUGUUUCUCUAUUAUCUCAUUAGUUGUUAUUUUUACCUUUUCUGUCGUUUUGUGUACUAGUCGCUUCUCAGAUCGUUGCGUGCUUUUCACGUGUUGACAUUGUCCAUAUGAUUUGAGAUUUAUUCAUUCUCUCAUUCCUUUGUUAGCUUGCUGCAGCGAGCUUGUUUCUCUGUAUUUUAUCACGCUAACUAUAAAUAGUUGGAAAUUAGCAAUUGCUUUGGAAGGC